UUCAACAUUCUAUCUGUCCUUGAAAUGUUGCAGGCUGACCCACCAGAUCCAUCAAGGAUUCGAGAAGAAGAUGUUACAGGUGUGACAGUGCUUCUCUUGACUUGUUCAUAUCUUGGCCAAGAAUUUGUGCGAGUGGGCUACUAUUUUAACAAUGAUUAUGAUGACGAACAGCUUAGAGUGGAACCUCCCCCGAAGGUGUUGAUUGAGAAAAUCCAAAGAAAUAUUCCAUCUGAUAAACCCAGGGUGACAAAGUUCCCCAUAAAUUUCCACCCUGAGAAUGGGGGAAAUGAAGAACCCUCGUCAGCCGAUCACCCUGUUGAAACCAAGGAAGUUCUUGCUUCACCAAAUCAAAUAUAGGAGCAUUUCAUCCUGCAGCCAUUGUCGGUAUCCAAGAUAGAUAACCAGGUAACUUUUCUGGGGAUUGCACUCACAAUUUGAACCACAGAAUGAAGAUGCUUAAUGAAGUAAAGGUCCAAAAAUGUCGUGUUUGGUUCACACAUUUGUUCAUUAGAUUCAUUUGAUAGGAUAACUGUUUCGGUUAGAUGAUUUGCCUUGGGGACUUAAAGUUGUUCCAAGUUUGGAAUAUACUUCCCAAGGAAAAGUUUCAUUUGGUUUAGCUUUUACUAUCAUGAACAGUGCCAUCCU